ACAGAAUUGCUGAUGAGGAACGUUUAAAGGCCUAGCCACAAGGGUCCCUGGACCGAAGAGGUGGCAUAGAGCUGGCAAUGUCACUAUGCUGAGCAGUAAGAAGAAAUACAUUGUCAAUAGCAAUUCUGGGAUUAAGGCCCAGAUCCAAUUUGCUGACCAGAAGCAAGAAUUCAACAAACGUCCUACCAAAAUUGGUCGUCGCUCUCUGUCUCGUUCCAUCUCUCAGUCAUCUACUGACAGCUACAGCUCAGCGGCCUCAUAUACAGAUAGCUCUGAUGAUGAGACAUCUCCCAGGGACAAGCAACAAAAGAACUCCAAGGGAAGCGGUGACUUCUGUGUCAAGAACAUCAAACAGGCAGAGUUUGGACGGAGAGAAAUUGAAAUUGCUGAACAAGAAAUGCCUGCACUGAUGGCUUUGAGGAAGAGAGCUCAAGGAGAAAAACCUUUGGCUGGAGCCAAAAUUGUGGGUUGCACACAUAUCACUGCUCAGACUGCUGUGCUUAUGGAAACUCUGGGUGCUCUUGGGGCACAGUGCCGUUGGGCUGCCUGCAACAUCUACUCCACCCUUAAUGAAGUGGCUGCUGCCCUUGCAGAAAGUGGAUUUCCUGUCUUUGCCUGGAAAGGAGAGUCAGAAGAUGAUUUUUGGUGGUGCAUUGACAGAUGUGUGAAUGUGGAGGGCUGGCAGCCAAAUAUGAUCUUGGAUGAUGGAGGGGAUCUUACUCACUGGAUUUAUAAGAAGUAUCCCAACAUGUUUAAGAAAAUCAAGGGCAUAGUAGAGGAAAGUGUUACUGGAGUCCAUAGGCUGUACCAGCUUUCCAAAGCUGGGAAGUUGUGUGUUCCAGCCAUGAAUGUUAAUGACUCAGUCACCAAACAGAAAUUUGACAACCUAUACUGUUGCCGUGAAUCGAUUCUUGAUGGACUUAAAAGAACAACAGAUAUGAUGUUUGGUGGAAAGCAGGUGGUGGUCUGUGGCUACGGAGAGGUGGGGAAGGGGUGCUGUGCUGCUCUGAAAGCGAUGGGCUCCAUUGUGUACGUGACUGAGAUUGAUCCCAUCUGUGCUCUUCAAGCUUGUAUGGAUGGAUUUCGACUGGUGAAAUUAAAUGAGGUCAUCCGACAAGUGGAUAUUGUUAUUACCUGUACAGGUAACAAGAAUGUGGUAACCAGAGAACACUUGGAUCGUAUGAAGAAUAGUUGCAUUGUUUGUAACAUGGGACAUUCCAAUACGGAGAUUGACGUGGCAAGUCUGAGGACACCAGAACUGACCUGGGAGCGUGUGAGAUCACAAGUCGAUCAUGUAAUAUGGCCUGAUGGCAAGAGGAUAGUAUUGCUGGCAGAGGGCCGUCUGCUGAACCUAAGCUGCUCCACAGUGCCUACGUUUGUGCUCUCAAUCACUGCUACCACUCAGGCUCUUGCCUUGAUAGAGCUUUACAAUGCUCCUGAGGGUCGCUAUAAGCAGGAUGUCUACCUGUUACCUAAGAAAAUGGAUGAGUAUGUGGCAAGCCUACACCUGCCCACCUUUGAUGCCCACCUGACUGAACUGACAGAUGAGCAGGCCAAGUAUCUGGGACUCAACAAAAAUGGGCCCUUCAAGCCUAAUUACUACAGGUAUUAAGUUCCUGUAACUCAAGCCAGAUGAAGUUUUAAGGAAUAGAACUCCAAGUCUUUUCUUCACUCCUAUACAGGAAAGAAUCCAGCAAGCUGCUUCUCCAAUCAGCUACCCGCCGUGCUCACCCUAUAUGUUAGGUUAUUUAUUUAUUAAAAUCUAGAAUCCUGUGCCUGUUGCCUUGGCCCAUAGUGUGGUUACUGCCCUGAAUGCCGGGAGAGCCACAGAGAGCAAGUUGAGGAAGGAAAGAAAUGGGGUAACCAUUCCUAAUGCAUCUCUUGCAUCAUUCCCCAUUGACUGAAUCCUCAGCAGUGGUCAUUUUUCUCUUGUCCAGGCUCAGGAGAUAGUGCAGGGAUUCCAGACUCCUUGUUCCCUGGAGUUUUCUGGAAUAAAUGUUCAGCAACUGCCUUUCUCAGCUUUGGCCUUUCCCUAGGUGAGGCCUUUUGGAAGCCACUGAAUUAACAUGACCUGGGUUCCCAGCCUUGACCAUCACUGUCACUGCCUUCUUUAUAAAAUGGCUAGGAAGGAGUGUUUUGGCUUUGACAAGCGACACUAAGAACUCAGCUGUGCCUUUGCUUACUGGGAGUAUCCUUCCUUUCCUAAGACGCCUUUCUUCUCCUUAAAUAUGUCCAUUUUAACAUUUUCUGGUUCCAAGAGGAAUGUGCCUCCAUUAUUUCCUCAGCAGCUCUGGUGUUUGUCAGACAUCCAUUUUGCCCUCUAACCCAAUGGCCCUCUACUCAGGAAGUGGGGGCCAGCCCUGCUCGGGCCCAUAGUUUUGCUUCCUUGUCAUUUCCCUGGGUAGUUUCCCAGGGUACUCACUUCAGAUUUGUACUGUCUCAGAAAGAGGUGUUUAUUAUGAAUCACUGAUUCCUGAACCUCCUCAUUGCCUAAAACUACUUCUGAACCUGAGUAGAGAGAGACAUGCUCUCCAUGAGAUUUCAGGCUCACAUCUAGACAUCCAAACAAAGCAGAAUAUACUUGUCUCCUGGGAAGGGCUUUUCAGCUUAACUGAGUUUAACAGAAUAAACUAUACACUGUAAACUGUGUCCAGGUGAUCAGAGCUAGUUUGACUGGUUUGAACCUCAUCAGACAUUCAUCCCUUUAGCCAUCACUGUUGAUGAGACUCAGAUCAAAUGUCUGCAACUUAGAACAUGGGCUUCUCUGCUAAGAUACCUUCUUAUGCUCUGGCUCCUUCCAUUUUAGGAUUUCAUAUUUCAGAGGUAGUUUAUUGAGUAAUCCCAACUUUAUAAAACAAUUAGUAAUGUGAGCAGCCUGAAAUUUUAUGUCCCACCAAAGUUUGGAUUCCUUUUGACGACUGACAUAUCAGUCUUAAGGAUUCCACUGGGGUCAGAUCAGUUCUAAGAGUUAAAGUCUGGAGUGGCCUUAGGAAUUUUGAAUGAAAUGAGUCCCAUCCCCCACCACCACCACCACUAGUCCUAUUUAACACUCUCAGGUUUGAUUAUUUGCCCUUUUUUACCCCCAUCCUGAUCUGCCUCCAAGUCUCGAGACCAAGGUGACUCAAGGUGACUCAAGGAAACACCAGGCCACCCAGGAUUGAUCACUAUGAUCUUCCCAUCUUGUCCUCCUCCCUUACCUCCACCUUCUCAAACUUCCCCUGUCUUUACAUUACAUCCUCAGAGCUAGUCUGGAAGUAACCUUCCUUUUGGAGGUCUGGAGGUGAGCCCUUGAGUAAAUGGCGGUUUGUUUCACUAAAUAGUAGAUAGGCUCAUCCCAUAGAGUCUGGUUCUUCAGAGGCCAUAUAUUUUAGAAAGGAUGAGGAAAGUACCACAUGUAUGGCUGUCUUCUUUCAUGAGGAUAAUCAUAAAUGCUGAAAAUUCCACUAGGAUGCUCAGCUCUUCCUUUUGCCUACCUCAUCUGAUUUUGUAUUAAUUUGUCAGAUCACUGUAGCAAAAGAUUUAGAUCUUUGUGUCUCAUUUUAUAUCCAAUCAAGAUUCCACUAGGCAGAUAUCUGGGCUCUAGGCUAUUGCAUGUUGGGUCAAAAAUCAUAACCUGCAGUUUUUGAGCAAAGUUGGGCUCUCUCUGGAGCUUUCUAAAUACCGAUCCUGCUAGAGCACACUCUGCCUUGUUAUAGUGAAGAGAGCCAUUCCAACUUCAAAAAGGAGUCACAUUUGGCUUCUAGGUUAGGUUACCAGUGUUGCCACCCAUGGUGAGGUGUAUAGCCUCUGAGUUUCAGAGGACUCCACUUCCUUUCUCUCUGGGGAACCUGUGUCAGCUAGCAUGAAAAGGAGAGACCCAAGCCAACCUAGUGUUGGAAAUUAGCCACUAUACCCUCUCCCCUUGGAAUCAGAAUAAAUGUAUCUUCUUCCUUCAAGCUUUCAUCUAUGCAUCCUAAGAAAGAAGAUUAUCUCUUUCCCUCUGAGUUGUUUUCUUAAUGAAUUCUUCAAAUUCUUAAUGAAUUUGUGUUAGUUUCAAGGUCUUUUUUGUGUGUCUUAAUGGAAAUAUACUCACUUUGCUUUUUCCCAUUAUAAAAAGUAUCUGGUCUACCUUCCUUUUGUCCUCCCACCUCUCCAUCCUAGCCUCCCAUAUGAGCACGGCGUCCCAUGGCCACAUACUCCUGCGAAGCUUUUUUGCUGCUUGGCUUUUCUCUGAACAGAUCUGAAAUUGCUGCUCCUGUGGUUUUCUCAAAAUUAACUUUGUCAUGGUU